UACUGCAACGUCAUGUUGUGUUGUUUUUCCAUGAGUCCUUCAGCCAAGCAGCUCGCCGACGACAAAUCAGGUCAAGCGCCGAACGGCGUACUGCUUCAAGGAUCACUAGCAACUAAACCGGCCGAUAGCUUUGAAGAUCGCCAAGCGGGGUGGGGUAAUCAAAUCACAGGGGGAAGAGAGAGUGAAAGAGCAUGCUAGUCAAUGCUCAUAGAACAAAUGGAUAUAAACCUGAGAUUUCUUCUCGGUCACUGCAGCUUGACAAUGGGUUUGAGGGCCUCCUUCAUCUAGCAUCUCAUCAUCCUCUAGGCACACCUCUCUCACCGUGUACAGUACCGUGAACCCCUUGCAACUGACCGCCCGCCAUGCCUCAACCCGACUUGACAAGCUUCAAGGCCCUGUCCUUUGACUGCUAUGGCACUCUCAUAGACUGGACCACCGGCCAGGUCUCCGACCUCGCCCCUUUCCUGGAUCUCCUGCCUUCAGACCACCCCUGGCGUGACCCAGCCAACCCUCUCCUCCCAGUCAAACACUUCUAUGCGCACUCGGAGCACCUGAGCGCAACCCAGCCCACACUUCCCUACAACUCCAACCUGGCCGAAUCCCUGCGCCUUCUAGCCGCCGAAGCCGGAAUUGACCCUUCUCAAAUACCUCCCCAAACCCUGGAGCAGAUCAGCACAGGACCGGGCCGCUGGCCGGCCUUUCCCGACACGGUGGACGGGCUGCGGCGGCUCGGGAGGUACUACAAGCUCAUCAUACUGAGCAACGUCGACGAGGCAAACAUUGCCCGCGCCAUUGCCGGGCCGCUGGGCGGGACGCCAUUCGAUGCCGUGUACACGGCCGAGCGCAUCGGCAGUUACAAGCCGAGCCUGCGCAAUUUUGAGUAUUUGUUCGACAGUGUCCAGCGGGAUUUCGGUGUGAAAACGGGAAACAAUGGGGGCGAGUUGCUCCACGUCGCGCGCAGCUUGCCGGCCGACCACGUUCCCGCCAAGGAGAUUGGGUUGAGGAGCGUGUGGAUUGCCCGUGGCGGGGACAAGCCCGAGGGGUAUGACUUGGGGGGUGAUUAUGAGAAGUUGAAGGCUGAGGGGAAGCUGGGGUUUGAGUGGGUGUUUCAGACGAUUGGGGAGUUUGCGGAUGAGGUGGAACGGCAGUUUGCUGAGAAGGAGAGGGCUGCUGCGAAGGAGUAGUAGCAGUAGCAGUAGCUGCGGUAUGAUUUACUACUGUCUUAUACUCAGUGAUACUGCUGCUCUCUGCUCCCAAUGCCCAUGCAUCGUCUCAACGUUCUCAACCUAAAAAAACACCCG